GCGAAGCACGUUGACGUAGUUAGGGGGCAUUGUUUGAAGAGCAGGGGGGAGCGUGCCACAGUUGUCUAGAUUUAAACUCGCCGAGAAUUUUCUUUAGCCAUAAUUCAAGUCUAAUUACUAGCAACACUUGAAUUUACGUUUAUCAAAUAAUUAUAUAUAGCGGCCAUGUAUUAGCAACAUAGACACGUACGAGUUUGUGUUGUAACAAAGCUGAAGUUGGACAGCUAACGUUAGCUAGCGCUACUUCCUCCAUCAGACUAGAAAUGAGUGUUAAUGUUAGCUAUAAUUUAUAAUUGAGCCAACAUCAGUCUUUUUCGUUAUGUAAGUAGUUAGUUAGUUCAAGUUUUGCGUAAACUCACCAUUGUGAGAAUAUUCAGGCUAACGUUACUGCUGUAGCUAGUUAGCACCAGAUGAGGAAAGAGAUUGUCAGGCGGUUAAACAUUUUUGACGUUCAUAUUUUUUUAUUCACCAUAAACUAGUGUUUUAGAUUAAUACUUAGCACAGCAAGCAUAUCGUUUAAUGUAGUUGGCUAGCUUUAUGUAGUGUUUUUUUCACGUGUAACUAAGAUUGUUCUAGCAGGAAGUACAGUAACCUUUAAGAGAAUAGCUUGGUAGAAAAUGGAGUAAAGCAGCUACAGUGGUCCAUCCAUUGAAAGCAAAAGUAACGUUAGCUUGUUAUCCUUUUAGAGGCUAGAUUUAUAAAUCGGGAACCCCACAUCUCCUUUGUUUCAGGUUGUGGCAACAACAAAAAAACGUUUCUCAAAUAACUUUGUAUAGACCGCUAGCAAGUUAUGACAAUCCCUUUAUGUUGAAAACUAACGUUAGCUGGCUAGUUUGCUGCUAGCUUCCGACCGAAUGCUGCUACCGAUUGCAUAGCUUUCUAGACAGCUUGCUAGCGUGUCACUUUCCCAAUUGCUUCCUAAAGAUGUCGAACGCCAUAAACGAAGGUCUGUUCUUGAUAAAAGACGUGAAGCCUGGAUCGAAAAAUUUAAAUAUCGUAUUCAUUGUUUUGGAAAUAGGGCCAGAGGAACAAUUGAGUCGAUUGUGCAACUUAGUGCAAACAUGUAAUCGACGGGUAACCAAGACGAAGGAUGGCCAUGAGGUGCGUUCCUGCAAGGUAGCGGACAAGAGCGGAAGCAUCGCCAUCUCUGUCUGGGACGAGCUGGGCAGCCUCAUUCAGCCUGGGGACAUUAUCCGGCUGACCAGAGGCUAUGCCUCCAUGUGGAAGGGCUGCCUGACCCUGUACACUGGAAGAGGUGGAGACCUGCAGAAGAUCGGAGAGUUUUGCAUGGUGUAUUCCGAAGUGCCUAACUUCAGUGAGCCCAACCCAGAUCUGCUAGCCCAGAACAACCAGCAGAACAAGACUGGCAAAUCGGAUCAGAGGGGGAAUUCUCCGCCUAAUCAGAAUUCAGGUACACCUGCUCAGUCGGGUAACGGUGCCAUGAUACCAUUUGUCAACAACAACAGUUCUCCCUCCACUCCUCGUGACCCUGUCUUUGGGGGUGUGGGGCGGACUAACGGCCGUUCCCCUGGCAGCGCAGCUCCUCCAAUGUCCGCUGUGGGACCUCCCAGUGCCCCCAAGCCUUCGGUCACUAUUAGCAAUGGCAGGGACCCCCGGCGUGCCAAGAGAUGAAACUGGCAUUAGGGACAUCUUUCCCCCGGCCUCUUAACCUCCCCCAACCCCCUCACUCUCUCCUUUCCAUCUACCUUUUGAACAAGCCAAACCUGGCAUUCACAACAAUAUCACUGAAAAAGACUAGUUUCUGAUCUGCAGCUUAUACUGGUUAACCUAGGCGACGUUGUCUUUCUCUAGUUGAGCUAAUGUUUGUUGGUUAUGCUGUCAAUUGCAUAAAGCACCUCACUGAAUAAGUGUGACCUAAACAUGAACACAGUAGCAGGACUUGCAAAGCUCUGGACAUAAAGUAAGUUUUCCCCCUUCCACCACCAUAAUUGCCAAUUUUGUGCCAAUGUUAUUGACAACCCUCCCUGUGCCUCCCUCUCGCCCAUCUUGUUGGCUGAAACUAUACACCCUACUUGACCACUAGAUGCACUUUCUUCUCUUUAAGUCAAAGUAAAUGCAUCACUAAUUUGAUUAAGGAACAGAUUACUGCUGAUGGGGAAAGCCUUACGUAGGCGAAACAACUUUUUGGACAGAAUUAACUAACAAAACCCCCCUUGGAAGGAUCACAACUCCCUUCUCAACCAAAACAUAUCAAAAGUGACUGAAAAGAAAGGUGAUACUUUGAUUUUUAUCAGUAGGUCGAUUAGAUUUAGUUGAGAAUGGCUACAGUUUUCAUGAGGACUAGUUUAUUUGCUGUCCAGUUAUGAACAAUACAUUUGUUAGGUGGGAACACUUAAGAGGUUCACCCAAAUAUAUUUUACUGACAUUUUGAUUUCUGUUUCAUCUCUGAGAUAGAUGGUGAAGUAGCUAAUGAGUGCAAUAAAUAAUAUUGUCACAUUUAA